AUGGUGAGACAGAUCGAGAGCAAGGAAAACUUUGACUCAAAAUUGAAAGAUGCUGGAGAAAAAUUAGUAGUAGUUGACUUCUCAGCUACAUGGUGUGGACCUUGCAAAAUGAUCAAGCCUUUCUUUCUUUUACUUGGUGAAAAGUACCCAGAUGUGAUCUUCAUAGAAAUGGAUGUAGAUGACUGUCAGGAUGUUGCUGCAGGGUAUGAAGUGAAAUGCAUGCCAACAUUGCAGUUCCAUAAAAAUGGGAAAAAGGUGAAUGAAUUUUCUGGAGCCAAUAAAGAAAAGCUUGAAUCAACCAUUAAUGAAUUCAAGUAA